CAUGAAGACACACCUCCUGAUUUGUUUCACGUUCUUCUACAUCGUUAUCGGUCUUUCUGUAUCGGAGGAGACUGAAAACCAGUUUCAAUUUGGACCAGAAGAUAUAGAGCUUUUGAAUAGCAACUUGUAUGUCUUGAAUGACGAUCAUAAUUUAGUAUCUCUAACAAAGGAUCUGCUUUACGCCGAAGAAGAUGCAGAGUCGGAAAAAGAUACUUUAAAAGAUUUACAUAAUCGCGUUUUCUUUUAUCUAUACACUAUUAAUAAUCGUAAAGAACCUGAUGUUAUUUCUAUUAAUGAUCUAGAAUCAUUGAAGAAAAGUAACUUCAACUUCAACAGAUCAACUCAAAUAAUUACUCAUGGAUGGAUUAAUUCUCAUAAUAGCGAUUCAUGCAUAUUAAUUCGCGAUGCAUAUUUAAAUCAUAAUGAUUACAACGUUAUUGUAAUCGAUUGGAGUAAGAUCUCUGUCAAGCCAUAUUUUUGGACCGUUAUACGUGUGAAAAUGGUCAGCCAAUAUGUCAGCACUAUGUUAGACUUCCUAGAAAAAGAAGGUAUGAAUUUAUCAACGACUACAAUGGUUGGCCACUCUCUCGGAGCUCACAUAGUUGGCUUGGCUGCUCAUUACGCAAAAGGCACCGUCAAUUAUAUCAUUGGUUUGGAUCCAGCAUUACCGGGUUUCAUUAAAGCUAAAGAAGGCUCGCGUAUCUCACAAGGUGACGCUAAUUACGUCGAGAUCAUUCACACGAACGGUGGUGUCCUUGGCUUUUUAAAUUCUAUUGGUGAUGUAGAUUUUUAUCCAAACGGAGGUGUAAAACAAGCAGGCUGUAUAGUAGACGCCGCUGGUUCAUGUUCACAUUUACGGGCUUAUGAAUUAUUCGCCGAAUCAAUCAACAGCAAAAUAGGAUUCCAUGCGAAGAAAUGCGAAAAUUAUGUGCGGUUCAAACUUGGACUUUGCAAUAAAAAAUUAUCAUUGACCAUGGGAGGAAUUAAGAAACAUUUCAUCGAAAAAGGCAUCUUCUUUCUCGAUACUAAUCCGGUUUCACCCUUUGCUAAGGGUUAAUUAAAAGUUUCACUUGAUACGUGAAAUUAUUAGUUUAUUACUUGAUCGAAUAUUUUUUCGUCAACUCUGAAAUAAUAAGAUAGUUUGAUCGAUCAGGAUAAAUGAGAAAAGACGGUUCGAGAUCGAACGAAAAGAUUUAAUUAUACUGGAAAAUAAUUAUUCUAAUCUACAAAAUUAUUUGUUUCUAUAUUACAAGUGAUUAGAAUUGAUUGAGUAUAUUAUCAGAAGCAAUCGGAAAUAAGAGAAAAAGAUACACAGAUAUAUAAAAAAUACCUAGAGAAAAUUUUCAUUGAAAUAAUUGAUAAAAGAAUAUUUUCUUUUUAUAAAAUAAUCGGAUAUGUUUUGUUUCAAUUGUUUUUCAGCAAUUGAUGCAUAUCUUCAUUAUAUUUUUGUCAAUCGUAUUAUCACAUUAUGUGAUCAUCUAUUGUCAACUAUUUUAUUAGAGGUAUUCAUGUUAUUUGUCGUUUCCUAUCAGCGGAAUUGGAAUCGAAUGAAUGCAACUUCGAUAAGAAUUUUACUAUUUCAAAAUCUCUUAUUGAAUAAGAUAGAAAUCUUUCUCUUAUUUAUUCCUCGAGUAGAACUUAUGGAUAAAUAUCAAUCGAAUUUCGCAUUGAUAUUCGUUUUUUUUCUGUAUAUCUUGAAUCACUUAAAACAAUGAUAACGAAAGAUUGUUCAUUUCAUGUUACGAUUUGUAAUGAUACAAGCUGAUAAGAUUUGUAUUUUGUAUAUAUUAGAGUAUCCUUGU